AUGUCCUUGAUUCUCACCGUGUUGAGCACUUCGCCGUCGAAAAAGCUUCUCAACACGGAUGUCGACGAGAAUACAGAAACGGAUUUCACUGAUUCAUAUGCACUUGGAAGACCACAUUCCGAAUCACCCACGGAAAGUGCUGUGUCAUUCCAGAGGCCAACUCAUGUAGCAGUCAUAGAACCACUNAAUCCUUCCUAUCACGAUAUGGCUACCUUGCAUUCGAAUCCUAGUCCCAUUCCAUUUAAACCCGAUUACAAUUCGGAUUCAGAACGAAGAGAUUCCUUUGAUUCAGACAAAAAAGGAAUUCAAGGCAAGCUCAAGGGGUUCGGCAGGGCAGCCAAGUUCACCCCAGGAUGUCACACCAACGAGUUGAAACACACGAUGAUCGACUUCGGUGAGACAACGACGGCUCAUGGAAUCCCAAUGAUACUGCCCAUGUUCGAGGAACUGCUAGGUAAAUUGAAUAAUACACAAUUGACACAACUCACUCUUUUAUGGGCUCCACUUACCCAAAUUGAAGUUGACAUUACUUGCACCACGAUUAUGUUAGAAUUCGAAUCAGCACCAUUUCCUGCCAUAACCAUUUGUAAUAUGAAUCCAUUCAAAAAUCAUCUGGCUAGAAGCGUGCCUGAGAUUAGUGAAACGCUUGAAGCAUUUCAUCAAGCUGUUACAUACAGCAAUAAUGCAAAUAAUGAAAUACAAAAAAGGAGGAGAAGAGAUAUCAAACAGGGUAAAUAUCGUUCCGUUCAAUAUGAACCAGUUUACUCGGCUUGUAAUUGUGUAAAAGGACCAGACCACGAAUGUCUGGGUAAUGAUUCUGUGCCUCCCGAUCUUGAAAGUGCCUGCAUAUGCAAUCUGGAUCGUAACGACGGCAGUACAUGGCCAUGUUACAGUACCAGCACAUGGGUCGAGACAAUUUGUCCGGAAUGCAACGAUAUUGGAUAUUGUAAUGUGCCUAAUAGUACCGGAAAUGACUCCGUGCCCUGUGUUUGUCAAGUGAAAAUGGGUUAUUGUGUGCUACGCAGUGAAGCACGGCUCAAACGAGUAUGGGAGUUUCGUGGCAAAAAGAUGCCACCAGCAAACAGUCCAUUUCGAAGCGACUUCCUUGCACAUUUGAAGAAGCUCGGAUAUGGAAACAUGACCGAUCAAGUUGCAAUUACAACUAAAGCAAAAGAAAAGUAA